UACUCUGGGAGUCUCCGUAGGAUUAGAUGUCCAUUUUGUAGCUGUACUCUAAUAGUCUGCAGGAUCCGUAUAGUAGACAUAACAUACGCAGCCAUGAAGAAACCAGACAAACUUUGGACGGACGACGCCCCAUUCAGAUGGAUCAAAACUACGUUGAAUUUGUUUUUUAUUUUGGUAGAAAUAAUCCUUUUCUCCUUGAUGGUCGUCGCAACGAAAAUUAGUUUCUUCAAGAAAUUGGCAAAGUCAAUCACUAAAGGUAAUCCCGGAAGUGAAAAGUUAGAUGUGAAUUUAUCGACACAUUCAAUAAAAUCAAGGACCAGAGAUUGGCUUGUAGAUGCUCUUAUAAGAAAAGCAUGUUUAGGUCGUAAAGCUCCCAAUACAAGCAUGUACGACAUGGAUACAAAGACGUACAGAAAGUUAUACAGUUUUCAAAAGCCAGGACGCCCUCUGGUGUUGAACUUUGGAAGCUGUUCCUGACCCCCGUUUAUAGCAAGCGUCGAGGAGAUCAAGACGAUCAUCCGCGACUUUGCUGAUAUCGCCGAUUUCGUGACCAUCUACAUCCAGGAGGCGCAUCCCCUGGAGGGAUGGCAAGUCUUCGGACACCAAUUCCAGGAUAUGAAGGAUCAUAGAUGUCUGGAGGACAGGGUCGAGGCCGCGGAAAUGCUCCAGGACUUCGAUCUCAAAUGCCCUAUACUGGUUGAUCCCAUGGAUAACCAGAACGCACUUCAGUAUGGGGCUGUGCCGGAACGUUUGUAUAUCCUUUACGAUCAUACGGUGAUGUACUUUGGAGAUGUGGGAUCACAAAACUACAAACCGGACGCGGUUAGAGCGUGGCUGGAACGUUUCCGGAAUGAGGCAUAGAACAUUAUAGCUGAAAGUGUCAUAUACCGUAUUGGUUGCGAGAUUAAGUUUGAUGUGAAAUAGGAAAGCGAAGACUUUUACUCCAUGAACUGGAGAAGAAUGCAGACUUUUCUACGAACACUAUAUAUGCUUGUAUCAUCAUGUACUCAUACUAUGAUAUAGUUAUACACUGCUUGAUCAUACCUUUCUCAUAACAUUAUCUUUGUUUAUCGAACUCUUGGUUUCGUUGAUUGACAUCAGAGAUGACGAAUGAAUUUCCUUUGAUAAAAUAUAGAAUAUCAUUGGAAACGAUGAUUUCAUUGAUGUGUCUCUCCAUGUUAACUAGGAGUUCGAUCGACAAUUAAUGGAGAAAAUUUUAGAUUACAUACGAUUCACAGAUGUUGCUAUAACCUCCUAUUUUAACACGAGAUCGAGUAACUCAGGAAGCCGGUUAAUGCAACAUGAAGUAAGUUUUUGUCAUAAUUACGACUUGGCAUGUCGUAAAUACAAUCUCGUUAUCUCGUAAGUUGGACUUAGUAAGAACUCAUAAAAUGUGGUUGUUCACAGACGUGGAACCAUGGAACGGUUGCUGUGUUUAUUUAUUUCCGCAUAUAUACAAUUGCUACACCAUGUAUGUAGUCUUUGUACCUUUCCUAUAUUGCACUUUAAAUAUAUAUUAUACUCUAAUUGUUCAUCUCUAUUCAACCGUGAAAUUGUACAUCUCUAUUCAACCGUGAAAUAUACAUGUCUUUUUUGAAAAAAAUCCAAUCCAGGUUUUUGUCAUAUGGCGGCAUCUUAGGGUAAAAACCUAUUCGCUAAUCAGUUGUGUUAGAUAUUUUAGCGCAUGGUACAUAACAUAUGAAGCCCCCCCCCCCC